GGCCACCUACGUAUAUAUUUUCUCUCGCUCGCCAUCUCAUCAUUUCGUAACAGUGUUUAGUUAUAAUUGCCACACCUGUCGCCUCCCGUGCACUUCACCUGACAUGUCCAGGUGUCGCAUCCGGGACUCCAACCCCUUCUACUCGUCGACGUGGAACAUGGAUUGCAAAGUGUACAUCGGCAACCUCGGCGAGAACGCCACCCGCUCGGACAUCCGCGAGGCCUUCAGCAAGUACGGCCGCCUCAAGAACCUGUGGAUUGCCAAGAAGCCUCCGGGGUUCGCCUUCGUGGAGUACGAGCGCCCCAGGGAUGCCAGGCUCGCCGUCAGGGAAGCGCACGGAAGGGUGGUGUCUGGGGGCCGGAUAAAGGUGCAGAUGUCAACGAGCGACCGCCACACGAACGAGGUGGUCCCGCUUCCCCCGAGGCCUGUUCAGCAACCGCACCACGAGCCCUGGUCACGCAACAGAUUCGGCAGAACUCGUUAGCAGCCUCUCCCAGACUACGUGUGUCGCAGCUGAUGCUAUCGGCUGGAAAGGAUGCGAAACAGACUAAUUAUUAACGUGGAACAUCUGUUAUUAAUACUGACUUAUCGCUGAGGUGACCGCACUAACUACAAAGAGAAUAUGGAAAAAAUCAGUGUGAAAAGCAAAGCAAAUAUGUUUCAGGUGCAUGUGGAAAAAAAAAUUUAGGCCGUGAUUAACCUUGAUGAAAAUAUUAUGAUGUGUUCUUACAGUUCAUCCGCUUUGGCAGUUGUUUUGUUUUGUGAGGAGUAACUGAAAAGUCUUAAUCUAAAAUGAACGUUAUGUACCAUACGCAUUCAACAGAAGACGAAAAAGGUAAAUACAACAUAUUUUACUGCAAUCUUACACAAUCAGCCACUUGAACGUCAUUAGGCCUCCCGUUACAAGUGUUCUACCAUCAGCAAAAGCAGGGUCUCUGCCUGUCUCAUGCUGCGUUCGAAGCCGAUGAAACACAUCCAUGAAACACUUCCGUCAUCAAAACGUUUCAUCGACUUCGGACUGGGAUAGUCGGUUACUGCAAUGUAAUUAGGGCACAGUUUCAGACGAAAUGCCAGCGCUGUGGUCUCUCUCAACGUGACAGGUCGUUGUGGUUAAACGAACAAUGUACUCAAAGAAGUUCAGUUUUUACUAUGUUUAUAUUUCACUCAUAUAACAAAUUGGAUAAUAUCUGGUGUUUUAGGCAAAUAUUCAGGGCUGUGGAUACAAUGGGGUGCCACAAGAUUCUGUAGCAUGAUAUAUUUGAUAGCUAAAUUUUAGGUUCCUCUCCUUCAUGUGGUACUUAUAUAUAUAUAUUUUUUUUUUAUCAAACGCAUGUAGAACCCAUGUUACGAAGCCUUUGAUCUCCAGGUAAAUAUUUAUGAGUUAGGGAGGUGGGAGGGUAAAGAAAAGGAUGCUGUUAAACGGACCCUGUGAGUUUGGUGUGUCGUCACUGACAAGUGUUUGGAAACCAGUAUCUAGUGGAUAAAAGAAAAAUAUUGCUGUCGUAAACAUUGCCGUGGAAGAUUAUACACUGGGAGAUCAUGAACAAUCAGCAUUAAUGUAGAAAAAAACGGUAAUCCAAAUAGCAUUGCAUAUAAUGUUAAAUGCAAGUACAUGGGACGAUUAUCACACAUACACACACACACACGCGCGGCGCACACACACACAUGCUCAGUCUUUUCUAAGCAUAUUUAAAUGGCUUUCCUUUUGCCAAAAUCUUAUUAUAACUUGUUUGGUAUAGUAUGUAGCUUCGUCUUGACGGCAAAUUUCAUAACGAUUUCGCUUUGAUUAUGGGGCAAAGAUGUUUGUAAAAGGAGAGAAAGAUAGGAGGGUUAUGCAUUGCAAUAUUGUAAACCUGUUAUAUUGUCCAGACACACUGCAGAAGAUUCUUGAAUUCUUGAUUAUAAUUACAUCCAAUCAUUAAGUUGGAUUUCUGUGUCUCAUUUGACACUAUAUCCAGCACAUUAUCAUCAAAGCUAAAAAUUUACAUUCAGAUAACCGAAAAUGUGUAGGAUUUUAUUCAGACGCUAUUAGGUUCACCUGCGUUGCCACAUCGACCUGUCACCCAGAAAGAGUACUCCGGUUUCUCUGAGGUUCGGGUUCUGUUUGCUAUAGUUCGUUCUACUGUAUGCAAGCCCUUUCUACUCAACAUGUAGCGAAUUCUGGUAUGAGCUGAAGCAAAUCUUGUGCUCAUCCGGACCUCUAAGAAUGCGUGCGGAACCUUGCAGCCAGCAAAUAUGAUCUCAUUUCCAGCAUAAAUAUCAAUAACUUAAUGCUGAUGCAUCAAGUAACCGAUCAUCUAAAGUAAAUGCCAGUUCAAACCAUAAUUCUCCAUAGAUCUCACUUAGUGUAAGCUCCAAACUCACAAUCACAGAAUUCAUACCAGUACAUUCACAUUUAUACUGGGAUGAAGUGAUUUUCCUAUAAUCCAGUUCUUGUAAUAGAAAACGUUAUUUAGGCUUAUUAUUCGUGUCAUAUUAUAUAUCUUGGAAAAGAUGUCCAGGUUCGAAAUACGUGAUUUAGGCUUAAAUUGUUAUUUGUGUCAUUCCAUAUCUCUUGGAAAAGGUGUCCAGGUUUGAAAUACGUGAUUCAGUC